AUGACGAACCCCUUCGGUGUUUCUCAAGCGGAGUACAACCUCAUCAAACAGCAAGCUCAAAGGCGAGCUGAGCUCAGGAAAGAGUUCUUAAAACAGAGAACUAAUCCAUUCAAACAUGCAUCCGAAGCUGGUUAUGUCUUUGACCCAGCCAUUCAAAAGUUCUUAUCAAUGAAAGUGACCCAGCUAGAGCAUUUCCAAGCCAAUACUAAAACCAGCUUGUUUGGAAUCUGUACUAUCGUUAUUCCCAUGUUUGCUUACGGAUACAUACUCUGGAAACACAGGACCACACGUGAAGAACAAAUCAGGAAAGGUGAACUUCGUUACAAAGAUAGAAUGUUCAAAUUGCAGUAA